UCUAUAAAAACACCCGAUAUAGUUUUGUUCCGAAAUGAAAAAAUGGCUGCCUCCAUGAUCAACAUUUUAACUGCAAACUUUAAAAGACUUGGAUUAACAGCUAAGACGUCCUUCAGCACACUUCAGUUCAACAGAUGCCUGCGAACACAGACACAUCCACUUCUCUUCCUGACAACAGACCAUCUACAAAAGAAACAAGCACAGCAUGUUGUGAAUAAAAGGAGGGUGAAAAGGAAAAAAGUCGUAGAAAAAUUGCUCACGAAAAUGGACAAAAAAGCAGUACCAAUCAAAGCUCCCAUUAAAGAACUCAUGAUUAUGACAACGCUGGAAAAAGAAGCAGUCAAAUUAAGAAAGCGAGAACAGUCCGUCCCACCUGAGGAGCUACAAAAGGAUAUGAAAAAUUUCUGGAGUGAAUGGAAGGUUUACUGUGGGAAGUUUUUAACACAAGAAACACAUAUGAUACAAAACCGGUUACAAUCACAACAGAAAGCCCUGGCCGAAUUACGUCUGGAGUCUGAAGAUUUAUAUCAACAGGCAAUAGCAAUAGAUGAAAAUAUGUACAAUUUCAAAGUGAAGAGGCUGACAAACACGCCAGCCAUCCCGGGAUUCGAGCCUAUUGAUGGAGAAUACAGUGACAUUUCUAUUAAAUAUGACUGAUGGAUAGUCGGGGUGCUAUAAUAAGGAACAUUUGUGAUGAGUAUAGUAUUCCGGAUCUUGCUGGCGAUUGUGACACGUUUGUGAUUAAACUUCAAUAAAAUAUAUGUAGUGUGAUAAACAUGA